GCGUACCUCGACACUAGGAUAAACAUGCAUGCACCUAUGCAACCACACAUCCUACGACGCCUCACGGAGAGUCGGCGCCUCUCAGGCAGAGUUUCUCUCAAAAGACGGAAGGUGACACCGUACGCGCAUCUGUUUCCGGAGGCUCUUUGGAGUGGUAUCGAGGAGAUGCAUCCAAAGCGACGUCUGACACAAAAAAAGAGACGGAGAGAAGGAAAGAGAAAGAGAAAAGGCCCUCGAGACCGCUUCGCCCGAUUCGGAUCGACACAGAGACAGAACAACACCAGCGAGGGACGCGGUGCGAGAGAGGCCGCAGCUCACUGUGCAUGCAAAGCAAGAAAGCGUAUCUUUUCUCUGGGUUGUGCGUUUUCUCUCCUCUACUUCGUCGAAGCUUUCCUUUCGCUUUUUCUCUGUUUUCUUGAUUCACUCCCUUCUGGAUCUUGUCUCUUCCUCGAUGCGGCUCUCCCUGCUCUGACUUCGCUGUCUCUUCUCUCCUCUCGAGUCUUCACCGCCUUCGUCAUAAAAACUCCCCGCGCUCAACCACGAAGUCGAGACUCCCAAGCAACUCUCAACUUUCUCUUUCUCUUUUCUUCCUCUCUUUUUUCUCUCCGUCAUCUUCUGUGA